ACGGGCGCCAGGGAGCGUCUGGCUUCAGGCCGAUUUCGCUGUGCCUCCUGUACGGAAAGAAGGACGUGGUUGUUGGGGAUUAUGGCUCCUGCUGCUGUCUCUGCUGGACAAUCUCCUGAGAUCCAAUUUGCUCAGAGGUUGGCCUCGAAUGAGAAACGGAUUCGGGAUCGGGCACUGAAAAAGCUACGUGGCUACAUGACGCUCAGGACCCAGAGUCUAGAGGGUUGCUUCAGUCAAGAAGAAUUGUUAAAAAUAUGGAAAGGAUUAUUUUACUGUAUGUGGAUGCAGGAUAAACCUCUCUUGCAGGAGGAGUUGUCAAAUAAUAUAUCACAACUAAUCCAUUUAAUCGAGAAUAUGGAUACUCGACACUUGUUCAUUCAGACUUUCUGGCAAACUGUGAAUCGUGAAUGGAAUGGAUUAGACCGAUUGCGUCUAGAUAAAUUUUACAUGUUGAUCCGCAUGAUGCUGAGACAGUCCUUUGAAGUUCUGAAAAGAAAUGAAUGGAAUGAAAGUUUAAUUGAACGAUUUCUGAACAUGUUAAUAAUGGAAGUUAUGCAUCCAAACAGCCAUGCCCCCAUUGGUAUAAAAUUGCAUUUCAUUGAUAUCUAUCUGGAAGAACUGGCUAACAUUGGAGCUAAAGAGCUCACAGCAGGCCAGAACAUUAAAUUUAUUGAACCAUUCUGCAAAAUCAUUGCCAGGACCAAGGAUCAUCUUAUGCUGCAAGCCAUAAUUUGUGGCAUCUUUGAAACCAUUGUGGAUCAGUCCCCAUUUGCCAUAGAAGAUUUAAUGGAAGAACUAGAAACUGGCAGUGAUAUUGACAGUUUCUCAGAAAAUGAAAAAUGGAGCGACAAAGAAGAUACAGAAAUGGCCAGAGGCAAGGGCUUUUCAAACAAACAGCCUCCAAAUUCAGAGGCACAUGGACAUAUUUCAAAAGAUAUAGAAGCUAACAUUGGACCUGUUCUUCAGAAUCUUUGGCUUAUGGCAAUUCUUAUUCUGAUGUCCUUUUCAGGGAGUUUCCCUCAAGAUGAUUUCCCUGAAGAUGUCUCUACAGAUGAGGAUGAUGAUACCUUCAGCAGGAGGAAAUUGAAAAGAAAAUCUGGCAAAAUGUUAGAUAAAGCUCAGUUGGGGGAAAAAGACAACAGUCAAAUGCAAAAGAAUGAUAGUGAGGAAGAAGAGGCCAACACAGGACUACAAAAGAAGAGGAAGAAAAGAAAGAGAAAAUCCAGUCAGAAAGCUGGUACUUCCAUGCCCUCUAGAAAUAAUGACAAUAGACAAGUCAGUGUUGAAUCCAAGACACCAGAUCCAGCCAACGAAUCCUCAAAUAUCAGGAAGCGGCAGAAGUCUUCAAGUACAGAGAACAAUGAAGUUGCUUCAGUGAUUCUCAUUGAACGACUUGGUGAUGAUUCUUCCUUGAAGUCACUUACAUGUUUAGCCAAUGGCAUAAAGAAGCCUUCUCCACACAAAAAUGAGAGCCUGCCAAAAGUUCCUAUAAAAAUCGUGUGUCAGAAUGGACAGAAUUAUGACAGUGAAGAGGACCCUAGUUAUUAUACUACAGGAGGCCAUACUGGUAAAAUUAUGAAGAGGCAGCAGAAAUCAAAGCCAGGAAUCACUGGAAAGCUUUUAUCUGAAGAGAGUGUUAAUAGAGAGAAAAAAUCCCUUGUAGAGUCAGAACCUGUUGUGCUCCAGAAAGUCAAGUUGAAGAGAAAAAAAAUGUUGGGGAAUUUGGGAAGGAUUAUAUGCUCCAAACGGAAAACAAUUGGCUUGAAAAUGCAAAGAAAAAGCAAGAAAGCCCCAAAUUCCACAGAAAGAAAUGAACUUGAAAACAAGAAGAGGAAGAAAGAAGAAACUGGUAGUAUUGCCCUUCCAAUAAAGAAAACAAAGGCCAAGGUGGAAAAUGAUUUUGUAAAGUUUGAAAAGACAACUUUACCAAAGCCAGCCUUCUUUAGAAAAGCUAAAAGAGGCAUUACCGCCAUGCCGUUAAGCAAGCUACAAUCUUCCAGCUCCAAAAAGGUUACCUUUGGAUUGAAUAAGAAUAUGACUGCUGAAUUUAAGAAGACAGACAAAAGUAUCUUAGUCAGUCCACAGGGAAUCUCCCGGGUGGCUUUCAAUCCUAAGCAAAAACCACCCCAUGGGGUCCUGAAGUCUUCCUCUAGCUCUUUGAUGGAAAUCCCUCAAAUAAAGAAGUCUCUUAUAACUCCAGCUAAGAAGAGACCAACUGCUAUGGAUUUCUUCUAAGGCCAGUAAAUGGAAGAGAAUUUCGGAAAUGUUCUGAUCAUUUCAACAUCCAGCUAUUUUUGGAAUAAUUUUCAGAAUCUUAUUUUCUCAGCUAAUAAGAUACUAUACAUACAGUUUCGAUUAUGUGGCCUCUGGUUCUUCAAAAACACUUCUUCGGCUGCAGAUUAGAAAUGUUUGUAUAUGUUGUUAGCAAUAGAUAUGAGAUGAGAUGUAUAUGGAUAUCAUACAUUUUCAAACAUCUCAGGUUUGAAAAUCAGUUUUUUUAAAAAACAAGUUAUCUGAUUAAUAUUUUUAUAAAGCUUUAUUUGAAGCUUCAUUUAUUAUUUUAAUCUUAAAUGGUCUCUGUUGUUUUCUACCCUGUUUCAUUUCCCCCCUCACGCCUUCCAUCUUUCUAUCUAACACUUUGGGUUAAAAUAACAAUAUUUAUUGAAAACAAGUUUUUCAAAGGGAAUUUUCUUUUGCCUGAAUCACUUGUUUGAAUAGUAUACAUUAAAACUAUUACUAUUCAAACACACAGGCGUACUUUGCAUAUAGUGGUUAAGCAUGUGUGAUAAUCUUAGCAAUUUGAGAAUUGCUCCUCUGUUCAUAAAAUGUGUGGGUUCUAAUUUGAUGCCCUUCAGAUAUGUUGUGACUAAAAUUCCAAGCCAGCAUGAUCCAUUAUACUUAUAUGGAAGUUAAUCUACUGUGUAUUUUCCCCUAAUAAAUGCAUGUUUAUGCAAUUUGCCUUCACAAACAUAUUCAAUCAAGGCAUUGUUCUUCCUCUAUUAAAAUUAACUAAAUUACUGUAUAUUAUCACUUUUACAGAAGCCUCUGUGCCUUUGAUUGCAGGGUAAGGAUGGUUAAGGCUAUGUGAAUCAAAAAGGGGAUGGGGUGGGAUUCACUAUAUCUAAAGUCCUGCUGAUGUCAUCAAUAUGCAAAUAAUAUUUUGCUGGAAUCUUUCUCCCACCUUCAGAGUUCCUGUCUUGUCAAUUUGCAAUACAUGGAAACAGCUUUACUAACUAGAUUCACCAUAAUUUGGGAUCAAGCUGAGGAACAGAAAGGUUUGAGUUCCCACUGUUAGAACUGUGCCACCAAUUAUCUUCUUAGAUAAAUGGUAACAUACUUUCUUUUUUGCUGCUAGUGGUAUUGGAGUUUCAAGGAUAGAAUUUUUUCCCUUCCUUCUUCAUCUUUACAGAAUGAUUCAAAAAGUUUAUAUACUGUGGAAUAACUUCCCAGGAACCAGUGUCUUCAGUAUGUAAUAAGCUGAUGUUACCAUGCCUCUCUUCAUUUUGAUGUUACUAUAAAAUUAUUUUACAUCAAAUAAUUUUAUUAAAAAUAUUUAAUCAAAAUACUAUAAAAACAGCUCAGCAAACAGUUCAUAAAUUGGUGGUUUUUAAAAAAAGAUUUGUAAUAAAAAUGCUACUUCUGUUUUGUAUUCCAAAGAAUGAAUGGUUCUUCUGAGCAAUCAGUUACUUUAGUAUUUCUUCAGAGUGCUUAUAAAGUUGUAAAGCAAUUGUAUUUUUUGUUUUAUUUUCAGAUAACUCAAUUUUGUUAAUAUCACUGACAAGAAUUUUAUGUACUUGAAGUUAGGUGGUUUUGGUUGUGUCACAGUUUUAAGUAAUGUAAAUCAAUUAAGAAUUAAAUACAAGAUCUUUCUACCAUUUA